AUUUCGAAUUAACAGAGUUGGUUUGAGCCUAUUUUCUCAGCGAGGGGGUGCAGGAAGGGCUUCACCCCUCCCCCGCCCUAGAGUACGAAUUCAACUUUUGAAUUGCCUGACAAAUACGGUAAAAAGGUUCACCUUUAACUGCUCAUAACUUCCGAAUCAGUGGAUUCCUCUCCUGAAAACUAGCAUUUUUGGAUUUCACUCGCCGAAAUGUACAGGCUUAUGUAAAAAAAAAACUUAAAAAUUUUAGGUCCGCCAAAGUAAAGUUUAACCCCUUUGGAUGUUUAGUUUAUCAGUCCUUAUUGUUGUAAACCCUAGAAUUGUACAAUUUUUUACAACUUAACCUAAUUAUGUAACCUGAAAGUUUCGGAAUAAUAGAAGAGGAGCUCGGAAGAGCUGUUGCGAAAAAAGAGAAGGAGAGGGAUACAUAACGAAAUAGCGCGUGCGACAAAAAUAGAUAUAGUUUUAAAGUGGGAUCAUCUGGCGGUGGUCAUCGAAGCUUGACUGCAGGUAGUGGGCAUAUAAAUUUGUCCCGCGUUUUAUACUUAAAAUUUGAAGAUGGCAGGUGAAAAAGCCGGUGAAGAAUCUAUGGAUAUAGAAAUUGUACCAUCAACGAGCGGCUCUAAUGUAAAAACUAAGGAAAAAGUAACUAAACCGUUACUUUUACCAUGGAUUGAAAAGUAUCGGCCACACGUCUUUUCUGACAUUGUUGGUAACGAUGACACAGUGUCCAGGCUUUCUGUGUUUGCUCAACAUGGAAAUUGUCCAAAUAUUAUUAUCGCUGGACCUCCAGGAGUUGGUAAAACUACAACGAUUUUAUGUUUAGCACGAAUUCUUUUAGGUCCAGCAUUUAAGGAAGCUGUGCUGGAAUUGAAUGCUUCUAAUGAUAGAGGAAUCGACGUUGUUAGAAAUAAAAUCAAGAUGUUUGCUCAAAAGAAGGUGAACCUGCCAAAGGGAAAACAUAAAAUAAUAAUUCUAGAUGAAGCUGACAGCAUGACAGAUGGUGCACAGCAGGCAUUGCGUAGAACAAUGGAAAUAUAUAGUAACACAACUAGAUUUGCAUUAGCUUGUAAUAAUAGCGAGAAAAUCAUUGAACCAAUACAAUCACGUUGUGCCAUGUUAAGAUAUGGAAAAUUAUCGGAUGCACAAGUUUUGACAAAGGUUCUUGAAGUUUGUGGGAAAGAAAAUAUUUCAUAUACAGAUGAUGGGUUAGAAGCAAUAGUGUUUACUGCUCAAGGUGAUAUGAGACAGGCAUUGAAUAAUUUACAGUCAACAUAUAAUGGUUUUGGUCAUGUAAAUAGUGAAAACGUUUUUAAAGUUUGUGAUGAACCCCACCCAUUAUUAGUUAAAGAAAUGCUUGAAUUCUGUUCACAAGGUCAAAUUUCAAAAGCAUAUGGGGUUAUGCAGCAUUUAUGGGCAAUGGGAUAUUCUGCAGAAGAUCUAAUUAGUAAUAUAUUCAGAGUUUGUAAAAAUCUACCAAUUGAUGAAAGAUUAAAAUUAGAUUUUAUAAAAGAGAUUGGAAUAACUCAUCUUGGAAUAGUUGAUGGAAUUAACAGUUUAUUACAAAUGAACAGUCUUUUAGCUCGGCUAUGUCGGGCAGCUGUGGAGCCCGAUAGAGCAAGUGUCAAAUGUUGACAAUUAUAAUAUAAUGAUGUAAUUACGUGUAAUGAUUAUAUUUAUGAAAAAUAAAACUGUUUGUAUAUUUGUA